GGGAAAAGAGGGUCAGUUGGAACCCGGUGUUUGGCAGUUACCAGAGGAACUGUGGCUGGGCAGAGGGUACCCAGGAGGCACUGUGGGGCCCUUAACCUCCAAAGCAGCCAACAUUGUGUGUCUGGACCAGAGACACAGGACAUCUUGUGACUGACAGAGUGAUCCAAAAUGGAGAAGGAUGACCACCCACAGUUAGUGACUCCCUCAUCCGUGAAAGCCAUCAUCUCAAGGAUUGAGGCUGCCCAGCUAACUCGGGCUCAAGAGGAUAUUUCUACCCAGCUCUCAGACAUCUUGGACAAUGUCAAUUGUGUCAUCAAUCGCUUCCAAGAAGAAUUAGGAUAUGAUUUAAAAGAAAAGGCAAAAUCUCAGCAGACUGAGCAGAAGGGCAAGAAGAGAUUCAUCUUGCUGGAGAAAAUUGCCUCCUUCUCCAAAGAUGCUAAGACUAAAGAGAAGCACCUGUAUGAAAUUCUCCACUGGCUGGGUGACUGGGGUGACAGUCUAACCUGUGAGAUAAGGACCAGGAAGAGUGAAGAGGAAGAAGCAACCCUGGAGGAAUGGGUUGAGGUGAUGGAGAAAGUGUUACCUGUCUCCCUCAUUGCCAUCAAAGGAGGCAUUGAAUCACUAAUUUCCCUUUGUUCCACUCUCAUUGAAGAUCAAAAGAAAAAGGAACAAAUGUCCAAACACACCUUCUGGCAGAACUGGCAGGAAAAAAGUCCACAAAAAUGUACACCCCACCCUCAGUCACUAAGCCCAGAGCAGAUGCUCCAGGACAAGCACACCACCCACACAAAGGUCUCCGAGGUGAAGUCCAUGCUGCAGGAGCUCCUGGACUCCACCAUGUUCAGCAAGGGGGAGGUCAAGGCCAUCAGGUACAUGUCCUCCGUAGUAGAGAACCUCAACAAGGCCUUGAUCCUCCAGCACAAGGAGAACAGGAGCCUGGAGACCAAAUACAAGCAUCUGCAAACCAAGAUGACCAAAGAACUCAGCAGUCAGAGGCUAUACUUCCAGAAGUCCAUCCAAGUCCUCGAGAGCAAGAGGGAUGCUCUACUGAUGCAAGUAGACAUCCUAGGGGGAAAGUACCAUGACCUGCUCCUGGUAAAGCAUGGCUUAGAGUACCAACUGAAGAAGGUCCAGACUGUUAGAGGCCAAGCAGAAGACCCAACUGAGGUUUUUGUGGAUUCCCCAGAACCCCCUGAGAAAGAGACCCUCACAAAGAAAGAAGCAGUCAUGGAGGACACCCAGCAGGAACCCAAGAAGGAGGAGCCAUUGUUUUCAGCCCUCUUCCCAUGUCCCAUGACCACGGCCUGGGAUGGUGGUGCCACACCUGCAGCACACCAACCACUCACCACCAUGACCAUGGUUUCGAGGAUCGCAGAUGUGUUCAGCAAGGACCCCAAAAGCCUCGAGCCUGUGUUACUAACCUCUGUGGGUCCUACGAUUCCUAAAAAAUGGGAAGGACUGGUGGUAGAAAGCCCAGGUCACAAAGACAAUGACCAGGAGGACUACUUCCAGGAGAAGGAAGGGCUCCAAGUGAAUUUCCAUUUUAGGAAGCAGCUGUCUCUGGACAGCUCUAGGAAGGGGCCCUCGGAGGGCCAGGCUGAGCACUGGGAGGAGGAACUCCGCUGGGAGAAGCAGAGGCAGCAGUGGCUGGAGGAGGAAGAGAUGUGGCUGCAGCGGCAGAAGAAGUGGGCCUUGCUGGAGCAAGAGCACCAGGAGAAGCUGCGGCAGUGGGAGAUGGAGGACGUGGCGAGGGAGCAGCAGCAGAGAUGUGUCCAGCUAGAAAAGGAGCAGGAGGGCCUGAGAAGAGAGCUGGAGCAGCCAAGGGAGGACAUCGAGAGGAUGGUCUUCACAACCACCAGUCAGUGGAGGGACUUGGAGAAGACAGAGCCGCCACUAGUGUCUCCCCUAUGCCGGUCCCAAUCUGCUCACCCAGGCAGGAGGCCACACUUAUCCAGGUCCCCUAAUACCUGGCAGGAAAACCAGAGACCUAUGAGUUCAGCUGAGCUUACCCAUAAACCCCAGGUCCGCCGUACUCUCACGAAGCCCAAGAAAUCUUCCUCCUUCCCCAUCAUUGGGACAUCCAUUCGAAGGGUGAGCCGGCCAUCUCUGCAGAUCUCCCCGGUGACUCUUAAGGAGAAGGUGUACCACCUGGACAUAGAGGCCCAGAGGAAGAAUCUGCAGCUCCUGAGUGAGAGAUCUGAACUGGGCCUGCCCCACUGCCUGCGCAUCAAGGCGCUGGAGCUCACCUCUACCACCAUGGAGCUGAACGCGCUCAGGCUGAAAAGCCUGUGCCACAAGUACAUCCUCUACAGACACUUCCAGAGCCUCCGACAAGAAGUGACUGAUCACAUACAAAACAUGAGAGAAACGGGGGUUACCUACAAGGCUCAGAACCCCUACAUCUUCCUGGAAAACACUGACCGCCUGCAGAACCUCAGACUGCAGGCCUGGACAGAUAAGCAGAAGGGCCUGGAGGAGAAGCGCCAAGAAUGUCUGAGAAGCAUGGUGACCAUGUUCCCCAAGCUCCGGCUGGAGUGGAAAGUUCACCUAAACAUCCCUGUGAUCACCUCUCCAAAGUCAAGGAAAUGCAAGUCAUCCCAGGCCUUACCCUGGCACAUCUGCCCCAGCGGCCCCACCUAUAAGCAGCCCUUUCCUUCAAAGCACCGGGAAUGUGUGCCCCUGCGGAUGGCCCGCCAACAGGGGAAACAGAUGGAGGCCAUCUGGAAGACUGAUGUGUCCUCCUCCAGUCACCCAAUAGAAAGAAAGAUCCCUGCCAGUCUACCCUGGGGCCAGCUAGGGGGACACCCGGACAUCCCCCGGCUGCUGGAGCUAGAUGUGCAGUCCUCCUACCACAAGUCUGCUGUUCCUCAAGCCCGGUAA